UAAAAACUACAAAGAAAGAAGUACAGGCUGUAAAACUGUCAAAAAAAAUGUCGCAAAAGCAGUAAUCGAGUACAGCCAAAAUGUUUAUUUAUUCGAAAUAAGUGAAAAAACAUCUAAAUUGUUGUACCCCAACUUGUUCAAAAAGUGGCAAAUCAAUAAAUGUGCCUGUUUCUGAAGCCAACGACUGUGAGUUUCGGCUGACUAGGCCGAAAAUUAAAAGAACUAGAUUCGAGUAAUACCUGAGAAAAAGAUCGGCACAAUGGAAGCCGCCGAUAUGAAUGAGGAGUACGAUUUUGCCACUAUCUGCCGUUGUUGUCGUAGGAGUGGCCUUAUGCUACAACCAAUGUUUCACUCUGCCGGAGACCACGGUAUUGCUCUUCAUGAAAUGUUUACCCACUGUACUGCCAUUCCGGUUCAGUACAACGACGGGUUGCCACAGAAUGUAUGCGGUGAAUGCGUUCGUGAUGUCAACAAUGCAUACAACUUCCGCAAACGUUAUGAAGAUAGCGACCGCUUCCUGCGGGAGUACGUUUCACGUCGUAAAUUUAGCAAUGAUUUGGUCAAGGUGGAAGCGAUCGACAUAAAAUCGGAGCUAGCGUUCUUCGAUAUGGGUAAUGGGCCGCAAAUUUUGCAACCGGAAACAGAUAGUUUACAUGGGGACGAUGAUGGUAGUGGAAAUAAUCAAUACGAUGAGGAUGGUGAGUUUGCUGAGGCGGCUUUCGUAUCCGCUGAAUUGGGUGAUAUUUCUUCGGAUGAGGAGCAGGAUGGUUACUCCGAUAGCAAAAUGCACGUAAAAUUAGAUAGAAGUCGCCCGCGAGUAAAACAGCUGAUUGCGGAGGAAAUCGAUCCGGAUAAACUGCUGGCUGCCAAGAAAGCGAAGAUGUGCUUUAUUUGUAGCCGAACAUUCACUCGAAAUGAUCACCUGAAUCGACAUUUGAAAACGCAUCUGGGAGGUCCAUCGGAGCAGAUUAAUUGCACCAUCUGCAGCCGAGCGUUUACCAGAAAGGACCACUUGAAGCGCCAUAUGAAAAUUCACAGCAAAGAUUUCAGCUGUGAGUUUUGUGACAGGAAAUUUUCAACACUGGAUUAUAGUGAAUAUAAAACGCACAUGGCUGAGGAACAUCCCGGUAAAGAGUUGUUGCACGUUAGGAAACCAAGAAAACGGAAGGAGGGUACAAACGCUAUCGAUACGAGAGAGUACGUAAUGGAAAAAGGUAAAACUGAGGCCAUAUGUCGCAUUUGCGAUACAAACUUUGAUAGAAUUGCUGAGUUGCGAAAUCAUCUUAAAAUCCACAUCGAUCCGAUAACGUUCGCGAGUGUCGACAUCCAAACGAAACCGUAUCUCUUCGACGAGGGUCGGGUCGUGGAUAACUUUUUGGAAAACAUCAUACAUCGCGUGUACAAUUGGGAUGUUACUCGGUUUUAUCAGAUUAUGGAACCGGACGGAGAGGAGCUGGGUUUGAGUGAUUCGGACUCGGAGCCGGAAGAAGGGGAACCUGCGGUAGAAGGUAUCGUUCGAAGACAGCAUACAUGUACGGUGUGCCAACAAUCAUUUGGUCGAAUAAAAAUGAUAAUGGAGCACAUUGUCGAUCAGCACCAACCUGGAGAGCUGGUGAAUUGCUCGCACUGUCAGCGUGGUUUUCCGAAUAAUGAUCUUUUGGCGCGUCAUCUGAAGUAUCAAUGUGAGAAUCAGGACAAAAAGAUCUUCUGCCCGUUCUGCAACGAACGAUUUAUGUGGCAAACAAGCAUGAACAAACACGCUCAACAGCGGCACAAACCGACGAAGCCUCUAUUGCAACGUUCCGACGACGAGGGGAAGGAAAAAACUCACGUUUGUCAGAUUUGCAACAAGAGUUUCUUACAUCGUCAGCAUUUAGAUCGCCAUAUGGGCAUACACAUUCCUGAGGAGAAGAAAUUCAAGUGCACAGAAUGUCACAAAGCGUUCAAUCGGAAGGAUAAUCUUCGGACGCACAUGAAGAUCCACUUUCGCGAUCCAGCGGAUACCGUUCCGAAACUGGACUUUCUGUGCACGUUAUGCGGACGGGCAUUCUCUAAAUCUUCGAAUCUAACGGUGCACAUGAGAAGACACACUGGGGAACGACCCUACAAGUGUGAUUUUUGCGAUAAGGGUUUCCCACGGUCGUUGGAUUUGCAGUACCAUCGCAGAACCCACACCGGUGAAAAACCCUGCAUUUGCAAGAUUUGUGGAGUUGGUUUCACACGAUCUCACAAAUUGAUCGUGCAUAUGCGAACGCAUACAGGAGACAGACCCUACAAGUGCACCUAUUGUGAUCGCGCAUUUGCACAGUCCAACGAUCUUACGCUGCAUAUUCGUCGUCACACCGGGGAAAAGCCGUACGCGUGUGGCGUUUGUGACGAGCGCUUCAUUCAGGGGACAGCUCUGCGUAGUCAUCAGCACGCUGCCGGACAUUACGAAGGAGCCGAUGGCAGCCAACCACCGUUUACCGGGACAACGCGCCGAGGAACAAAGUCGACAAAAAGAUCGAGAUUGAACCGCAAUGGCUCGCCCAAACAGCAUAUUACUAGCAAAACGAUGGAGGUCAUGGAUAUGAGCACCGAGUACGAUCUGAGCAAAAUUUGCCGAUCCUGUCGGAAGGAUUAUCCCCAGUUACAGUCUAUAUUCCAUUCGUUUGGCAAUGGCGGGGAGAUUACGCUGCACGAAAUGCUUACAAGUUGUACGCAGAUUCAGAUUCACUACAACGACGGUAUGCCGCACAAUCUGUGUGCCGUCUGCGUGGCGGAGGUCAACGCUGCGUAUAAGUUUCGCAAACGCUACGAACAGAGUGAUAUAAUGCUCCGCGAGUACAUUUCCAGGCGGAAGCUGGAAGCCAGUAACGAGACGGACGACAGCAGCAGCUUGAUUAAGGUGGAAUUAUUUGAUAUCAAACCGGAAAUUACCUUCAUAGAUGCGGAUCCGUUGAUCGGCGAAAAAGGCUGUGUCGCUACGAUAAAAAAGCUUGUAGAGACUAAAAGAUCGGACAUAGAAGAUCAGAAAAACAUUGACGAUUUGAUAGAGGAGAUAAACGAUGAGGAUGAUUACGGUGAUUCGGACGCUAUAGUGGCGGAAAUCGUAGACAAUGAAGACGAUGGGGACAGCGACUACGAGGAGAACAGUUUGGAUGAUUUGAUCGAGGAACUUGGCGAUCCGGUUUCGGGAAAAAGGCAAACCCGGUCCACUCAGGGCAAGGGCUACUCGAGGAUUAAGGGAGGAAAAUUUUCGUGCGAUUCCUGUGAUCGUGUCUUUACCGAUAAACGUGGUAUCACGAAUCACGUGAAACAGCAUGUACCGAAAGAGUUGAGACAAUGUUCGAUUUGUAACCGGGGAUUUUCCACCAGCUAUCAUCUGGGACGGCAUAUGAAGGGUCAUGAGAAUGAUACGCAGUGUGAACAUUGCGAGAGAAAAUUUGCUUCGGUUGCGUAUCAUGAAUAUAAGGAACAUUUGGCGUUGGAACACCCGGGCAAAGAAGUUCUGCCGUCGAAUUUUUGUAGAAAAAGCGAAAAACCAGAGCGUGAUCGCGGUUUAAAGCUAUCCGUAGAAUUGUUGGAGGAGAAGGAAAAAAUGGAAGCAAUUUGUCGAAUCUGCGAUACCACCUUUGAUCGGAUAGUGGAGUUACGAAAUCAUUUGAAGAUUCACGGUGAUCCGAAAUCGUUCGUCGAUGUGAACAUUCAAACCAAACCCUAUUUGUUUGAGGAAGGUUAUGUUCUGGAAAACUACAUCGACUAUUUAGUGCAGCAGGUCUGCAAGUGGGACGUUCUUCGCUUCUAUCAGAUCGUUCAGCCAGAUGGUGAGGAACUAGAGCUAAGUGAUUCCGAUUCCGAACCAGAGGAGGGCACAGAAGCACCAGUUGGAAUCGUUCGAAGAACGCAUACGUGUGCUUUAUGCAAUCAAAGCUUCACUAGAAUACGUGCUAUACUGGAGCAUGUCAGGGAUCAGCAUUCGUCCGAGGAAUUGCUGGCCUGCCGACACUGCGCUCGUGGUUUUCCGAACACUGCACUGCUGGUGCGCCAUUUAAAACAGCAGUGUGAAAAUCACAGCAAAAAGUUUUUCUGUACUUUCUGCAACGAAAAAUUCAUGUGGCAAACCAGUCUGAACAAACACGCCCAGCGGAAACAUAAGCCCACGAAGCCGUUACGUGAAGUUGCUGAUGAUCCGAACGACCUGGAGAGCAGUAAAGACAAGCAGCACGUUUGUCAGGUGUGCAACAAGGGCUUCCAGCGGCUGGAACACCUGGAUCGUCACAUAAAGAUCCACAUUCCGUCGGAGAAAAAGUUCGAAUGUACCCAGUGCCAUAAGAAGUUCAACCGAAAGGACAAUCUGCGAUCCCAUAUGAAAAUUCACAAAAAAGAUCCGCAGCUGGACAACAAGCAGAACCAUCUGUGCGUGUACUGCGGCCGGGGUUUCUCCAAUUCGUCGAAUCUGAUUGUGCACAUGCGGAGGCACACCGGCGAGCGGCCGUACAAGUGCGAUAUUUGUGAUAAGGGCUUCCCGCGAUCAUCUGAUCUUCAGUGUCAUCGCAGGACACACACUGGGGAAAAACCUUGUCUUUGUACUAUCUGCGGAAAAGGCUUCUCUCGUUCCAAUAAACUUGUGCGCCACAUGAGAAUUCACACCGGAGCAAGACCCUAUAUGUGUACGUACUGUGACCGAGCAUUUACUCAAUCGAAUGAUCUUACGCUACACAUCCGCCGGCACACGGGGGAAAAGCCGUACGUUUGCGGCGUCUGUAACGAACGUUUCAUUCAGGGUACCGCCCUGAAGGCCCACCAACGGGUAACUGGUCACUUCGACGACGGCAGUAACCAACCGGAGCGAUUCGCCAGUAUCAGCGUGAAUAACCCCAAUCGGCUCGGAGUCAACGGGCCGAAUGCGGUACGACAGAGUUCUUCUUCGGCGACAGACGGUGCACCACCGAAACCAGUUAAAGCGGUUAAGUCGAGAAAAAAAGCCACCAGCCAUCCUCGCUCUGCCCAAACCCAAGCCGCUGAGACUCCAUCCUUACCCGUACCGACCACAGCAUCGACUGCUGGUUCCGCUCCUACUUCACCACUAGGUGAUGGUAGCAGACCACAUCUACAGAAUCUCUCCGCUAGUACCGCACCACCCCAUGGAUAUGUGCCGGUACCCUACCUUAUGCAGAGCUAUGACCUCGGAUCGACCGGGUUGUUUUCGCAAACUUUCAAUCAGCCGUAGGUUUUCGAUGUCGAUAUGUAAGUUGAUUUUUUGUGCGUGUAAGUUCCAAGGAGUUGUGACAUUAUAGAGAAUAAAUAUCUGCUAGCAUGUAGCCGAAA